CCCGGCGCCCCCCGCCAUUGCUCCCCCCUCCAGGACAGCGAGUUCUCGGACGCAGAGGCGGCGCCGGGCGGGGAGGAGAACGCGCCGGUUUAUUGCGUGUGCAGGAAGCCCGACAUCAACUGUUUUAUGAUCGGGUGUGACAACUGCAACGAGUGGUUCCAUGGGGACUGCAUCAACAUCACCGAGCGCAUGGCCAAGGCCAUCCGGGAGUGGUACUGCCGUCAAUGCCGCGAGAAGGACCCGUCCCUGGAGAUCCGGUACCGGCACAAGAAGUGGCGGGAGAAGGAGCAUGAGGGGGCCAAGGGGCAGGAGCUGGAGCAGGGCCGGGCGGCCAAGAUCAAGCGCUCUGCCCGCAUGUGCGGGGAGUGCGAGGCGUGCCGCCGCCCCGAGGACUGCGGGCAGUGCGAUUUCUGCCGGGACAUGAAGAAGUUCGGGGGCCCCAACAAGAUCCGCCAGAAGUGUCGCCUGCGGCAGUGCCAGCUGCGGGCCCGGGUGAGCGGGGCUUGGUGUGGGCCUGGCGUGUGCUUGGUGUGUCCUUUGCAUGUUCUUAGCCUGAGGGUCUCGGUGUGUUCCCCCCUCCCCCCCAUCCACAGCGGGUGUGACAACUGCAACGAGUGGUUCCAUGGGGACUGCAUCAACAUCACCGAGCGCAUGGCCAAGGCCAUCCGGGAGUGGUACUGCCGUCAAUGCCGCGAGAAGGACCCGUCCCUGGAGAUCCGGUACCGGCACAAGAAGUGGCGGGAGAAGGAGCAUGAGGGGGCCAAGGGGCAGGAGCUGGAGCAGGGCCGGGCGGCCAAGAUCAAGCGCUCUGCCCGCAUGUGCGGGGAGUGCGAGGCGUGCCGCCGCCCCGAGGACUGCGGGCAGUGCGAUUUCUGCCGGGACAUGAAGAAGUUCGGGGGCCCCAACAAGAUCCGCCAGAAGUGUCGCCUGCGGCAGUGCCAGCUGCGGGCCCGGGAGUCCUACAAGUACUUCCCCACCUCGCCCUGGCUCAGCGACGCCGAGGACGCCCCGUUCCUCGACCCCGUCCUGCGCAAACGCGCCGUGAAGGUCAAGCACGUCAAGCGCCGCGAGAAGAAGUCGGACAAGAAGAAGGAGGAGCGGUACAAGCGGCACCGGCAGCGCGCCCGGCACCGGGAGCGCCGGGGACACCCCGAACGCGCCGACGCCCGGGACCCCGCGGGGCUGGGCCAGUGUCUGGGGCCCGGCUGCACCCGCCCUGCCCGCCCCCCCUCCAAGUACUGCAGCGAGGCCUGUGGCAUCAAACUGGCUGCCAACCGGAUCUACGAGAUCCUGCCGCAGCGGAUCCAGCAGUGGCAGCAGAGCCCGUGCGUGGCCGAGGAACACGGGAAGCGGCUCCUGGAGCGGAUCCGGCGGGAGCAGCACCAGGCGCGGCUGCGGCUGCAGGAGAUGGAGCGGCGCUUCCACGAGCUCGAGGGGCUCAUCGCCCGCGCCAAGGGGCACCCGCCCCGCGAGGAUGAGGAGGUGGGGACCCCCCGAAACCCUCCAGGACCUCUCUGGGGUCUCCCAAAUUCCCCUGAGCUCCGAAAUCCCCUGGGACCCCCAAACCCCUCCCACGAGCUCGAGGGGCUCAUUGCCCGCAUGAAGGGGUACCUGACCC